AUAAAGUGGAGGAGAAGAAGCAGGCGAGCUGAUAUCUGUAAAACCGAGCUCAAGAGGACGAGGCGACACGGCUGAGUCACUACUGGUGAGGAGGAAGGUCUGGAGUGGGAACGAGAGAGGAGGAGGAGGAGGUGGAGGAGGAGGAGGGGGAGAAGAAGAAGAAGAAGAAGGGAGGGAGAUAAGCCACAACAGGAAGCAAAACGACACACACACAAACAUAGUGCGUGUGUCUGUGUGUCUGAGAGAGAGACUGCGCGAACAAGAGGUUGAACGGGAAAGGAAGGGAGGGAGAGUGACGCGGAGGCUGGGAGAGCCUGCCCCCCCUCCUCUCCUCCUCUCCCUCUCUUUCUCUCCUCUCCUCCUCUCCUCCCCUCCUCCCUCUCUCUCUCUGUGGAGCAGGCGUGUAGCGGCAUCAGACUCGGUGUGAAGGAACCAUGAGCGAUGUCACCAUCGUUAGAGAGGGAUGGCUCCAGAAACGGGGUGAAUACAUAAAGAACUGGAGACCGCGGUACUUCCUGCUAAAGACAGACGGCUCUUUCAUCGGCUACAAAGAGAAACCUCAGGAUGCAGAUCUGCCCUACCCCCUAAAUAACUUUUCUGUAGCAAAAUGUCAGCUGAUGAAGACAGAGAGGCCGAAGCCAAACACCUUCAUCAUACGCUGCCUGCAGUGGACCACAGUCAUCGAGAGGACCUUCCAUGUGGACUCACCUGAUGAGAGAGAUGAGUGGGCAGAGGCCAUCCAGAUGGUCGCGGACAAGCUGCAGAGACAAGAAGAGGAAAGGAUCCAGUGCAGCCCAACCUCCAAUAUCGACAACAUGGUCGAGGAGGAGAUGGACAUCUCUACCACACACCACAAACGCAAGGUACCUGCACACGCGUCCGCUACAAUGAGCGACUUCGACUACUUGAAGCUGCUGGGAAAGGGAACAUUUGGCAAAGUGAUUCUUGUCCGAGAAAAGGCCAGCGGGAAAUAUUACGCCAUGAAAAUCCUUAAAAAAGAAGUCAUCAUAGCCAAGGAUGAGGUGGCUCACACACUCACAGAGAGCAGAGUACUGAAAAACACCAGGCAUCCCUUUCUCACUUCAUUGAAGUAUUCAUUCCAGACUAAAGACCGCCUCUGUUUUGUCAUGGAAUAUGUGAAUGGAGGAGAGCUGUUUUUCCAUUUGUCCAGAGAGCGGGUGUUCUCAGAGGAGCGCACGCGCUUCUACGGCGCCGAGAUCGUCUCCGCUCUCGACUACCUGCAUUCAGCCAAGAUUGUGUACCGGGACCUGAAGUUGGAAAACCUGAUGCUGGAUAAAGACGGUCAUAUCAAGAUCACAGACUUUGGCCUGUGCAAAGAGGGCAUCACAGACGCUGCUACCAUGAAGACCUUUUGUGGCACGCCAGAGUAUCUUGCCCCGGAGGUGCUGGAGGACAACGACUACGGUCGGGCGGUGGACUGGUGGGGUUUGGGCGUGGUGACGUACGAGAUGAUGUGCGGCCGACUGCCGUUCUACAACCAGGACCACGAGAAGCUGUUUGAGCUCAUCCUCAUGGAGGACAUCAAGUUCCCGCGCACUCUGUCAGCCGACGCUAAGUCGCUGCUGUCUGGCCUUCUUAUCAAAGACCCCAACAAAAGGCUCGGUGGAGGACCAGAGGACGCUAAAGAAAUAAUGAGACACAGUUAUUUCUCCGGUGUUGACUGGCAGGAUGUCUAUGAUAAAAAGCUCGUCCCUCCGUUCAAGCCUCAGGUGACGUCGGAGACAGACACCAGAUACUUUGACGAGGAGUUCACAGCCCAGACCAUCACAAUCACUCCACCAGAGAAAUUUGAUGAGGAUGGGAUGGACUGUCUAGACAACGAGAGAAGGCCGCACUUCCCACAGUUCUCCUACUCAGCCAGUGGGCGGGAAUGAACGGUCCAUCGCGAUGACAUCAUCACAGCUGGUCUCUGAGGUCAUCAGUGUGGGACAAUAAAACAAAACAAAACAAACCCACAGCUUUGGACCGACCCAGAACAACAUUGCAACAUUGACGUGAAGGAUUUUGCCCCCCUCCUCCUCCUCUCUUUUUCACCUCUCCAGUUCUUCUCUCUCUCUCUCUCUCUUAUUUAUUUAUGUAUUUAUUUAUUUAUCUAUCUCUCUUUAAAAAGAAACCUCCAGGCUAAAUUACGCGUCAGCGCUGCACUGCAUCCCCAGGUGAUCCGAGCUGUGGUUGCGAUCACUUACUGUGUAAUGUCCCUUUAACAGGAGCGUCACCGCUGGCCUGCUGUGCUUUGAUGACGGCGGCGCAAACCAAACUCAACAGAGUUCAACAAACAGCCGCCGUUUUGUGUGCUCCAGCUUUUUAAAGUCAUUCAAACCCAAACUGCCAGCUCUGGUUGUACCUGGGGCUUCUCCGCAAACACGUUCAGACUCGGCGAGACGCUCCAGUCUGAUUUCAAUCCUCACGUAAACUAGUCUGUGAUUGAUCGAGGCCGCCUGGCAUUUUAACAAAAACAGUCGUCAUCAGUGAGCAGAACCACACACACACCUCAUGUUGUCGAGCAGGAUUUGACUCAGGUUUUGCUCAGUGCAAUUUAUUAUUAUCGUUGCUGCUAUUUCAACUACUACUACUACUACUACUACUACUACUACAGGUACUACUACUGCUUAGUCUACUACCAUAAAACUUCUAAAACCCGGUGCUACACUUAUAGCUUAAAGCUGCAGGUCAUUAUACAAGCAACACAUGAAGCACAUGUGUCAGUGUGUCAGUGCAGAUGUUGUCAUGUUUCCUAAGGUACAGCUGCUACACAUCAACAACCCCUUAGAUGAAGAUGAAGUUUGUGUGCGUGUGUGUGUGUGUGAGGUACUCUCAUGUUAAGGGUUUGCGUCUCAAAGCACAGCAUUUCAGGAGGAUGAAGCGCCUAAACCAUGAGCUUUACUACAUUACCCACAAUGCAGUGCAACAACAUCCAUCAAAGCAUAGGAGAAAAAAAUGAGAUGGCUUAAAAAAAAAAACCCUCGCCCCCAAAUUCUUUCUUUCUUUCUUGCUUUUCUUUUGGUCGUUUCCCUGCUGCAGGUCCCUCCUGAGUUUCCGUCUCCUCUGUCACUAAAGGGAAAACUAAGUGGAAGUGGUACUUUGCGUCGGUGAUGGAAAGCUUUACUGUGACAUAAUUGUUCUUGUGGCUUUGGGAACCACACGGCUUGUACCUCUCUCCGUCUCUGUCACUGUGCAGGAAAAGGUCAACUGCAGCAGGACCGGAUUCACCACAGAGUGAAUGGGAGUGCGAGUGUACAGGUGAACAGCUCCAUGAAUGAUACAAUAUGAGAUAUUUAUAAUGUGAUAAUUUAUGACCCAUCGAUGAGUAACGUUACUGUUCAUCUUCUGUUUCUUUUUCCUGAGUUUUUUUUUUUUUUUUUAAGAAGGAUUUUAAAGAAAAUAUGGGUUAACACCAAUCACAGCAAGAGGCUAUAACAUAUAUUUGUUCUAUUUAUUGUUCAACUCAUCAGUUUUAUAUUUAACUUUUUCUAUUGUUAUAACAUUAUUCUAGAAAAAAAAAAGAAAAACAUUAUUACAUAGGGCUGAGAGAAGAAAAAAAAUGGCUAAAGAAUGUAGGAGGGAAAGCAGAUCGCCUUCCUGCUCCAUCGUUUAUUUAAAUGUUUUUGUGUUGUUUUGUGACCAAAAUGUGAUGGGACACGUCAAAGACAGAGGAUUGUUUAGGGAAAUGAUAAGAACUUAUUUAUGAAAUUUUUUUAACUCGUUCAAAAACGAAUGUCCUCCAUAUUUAAAGGUCCAGUGUGUGACUAUGAGACUACAAAUUAUAACAAAGAGUGAAAACAACGCCACCACUGUAUGUAGUGAAUGGACAAGUCUUCCAGGUUUCCUCCUGAAGCCAAAUAUAAAGUGGAAGUUUGUUGAAUGUCCAUCAGGGAGCGACUCCCUUGGUUGCAAAGAGGAGUCGUGAAGUGUUUGAAUGGAAAUCUUUGGGAAAAUCUUUGAGCCUCCUUCUCAAGUAAUCGGAAUAAAACAGUCGAUCCUGGU